AUGAAGUGGACGAAGCCAACCAGGAUCCAACAAGAAGCCAUUCCCUGGGCCUUGCAGGGCCGGGACAUCAUUGGCUUAGCGGAGACCGGCAGCGGUAAGACCGGCGCCUUCGCCUUGCCCAUCGUGCAGCGGCUUCUCGACGACCCCCAGCGCUUCUACGCGGUUUGCUUGGCUCCAACACGUGAGCUGUGCGUGCAGAUCGGUGAGCAGUUUGAGGCCAUCGGCAGCACCAUCAAGCUGCAGACUGCCACAGUGGUGGGUGGUCUGGCCAUGGUCGACCAGGCCAUGGCCCUAGCAAAACGACCACACGUCGUCAUCGCCACGCCUGGCCGGCUCGUCGACCACUUGGAGAACACCAAGGGGUUUCACCUGAAAACCAUCAAGUACCUGGUCAUGGACGAGGCGGACCGGUUGCUGUCCAUGGACUUUGACGAAGCCUUGGACAAGAUCCUCGAGGUUGUACCCAGAGACCGGAACACCUUUCUCUUCUCGGCCACGAUGACCUCAAAGGUCUCCAAGUUGCAGCGCGCAAGCUUGAAGAAGCCGGUGAAGGUGGAGGUGAGCUCCAAAUGUGAUACAGCGGCCGGGCUGGUUCAGAACUUCAUGCUGAUCCCAUUUAAGUUUAAGCACACCUACUUUGCAGCCUUGGUGGCUCACUUUAUCCACUAUGCGGUCAUGGUCUUUACAGACACAUGCCUUGGAGCACAAAGGCUUUCCGUUUUCUUGAGGCACAUGGGUAUGAAGUCCAUCUGCCUCCAUGGACAAAUGAGCCAGGCGCAGAGACUUGGGGCACUCAGCGGAUUCAAGGCCAAAGAGCAAAGGAUCCUGGUGUGCACGGACGUGGCCUCGCGAGGAUUAGAUGUUCCGUCAGUAGAUUUGGUGGUGAAUUACGACAUUCCCAAAAACUCCAAGGACUACAUUCACAGAGUUGGACGAACGGCGAGGGCCGGAAGAAGCGGACGAGCUGUCACGAUAGUCACCCAGUAUGAUGUGGAGCUCUUCCAGCGAGUUGAGCAUUUCCUUGGCAAGAAGCUGGAGGAAUUCACCGAGCUGGUGGACACGAAGGUGAAAGCCAGCCACGAGCGCGUGCUCGAGGCGCUCCGAAGCACUGAGCUUGAGCUCAGAGAGCAGGACGAAGGCACCUCCGAACGAGCUGUGAAGAGGAAGAUGCAUCAGCAGAAGUCCAAGGGCAAGAAGGGCAGGCGCCGAUGA